CUGGUGGCCGAGUGGCAGUGCGUGGGCUUUUGCCACGGGGUGCUCAACACGGACAACAUGAGCAUCGUGGGGCUCACCCUGGACUACGGGCCCUUCGGCUUCAUGGACAGGUACGACCCUGAGCACGUGUGCAACGCCUCGGACAGCGCCGGCCGCUACGCCUUCAGCCAGCAGCCGGCCAUGUGCCGCUGGAACCUGCAGAAGCUGGCGGAGGCCCUGGAGCCCGAGCUGCCCGCCGCCCUGGCCCGGGCUGUCCUGGACGAGGAGUUCGAGGCCGAGUUCCGCCGGCACUACCUGCACAAGAUGCGCCAGAAGCUGGGCCUGGUGCGGACGGCGCUGGAGGAGGACAGCGCCCUGGUGGACAGGCUCCUGGAGACCAUGCACCGGACUGGAGCCGACUUCACCAACACCUUCUUCCUGCUGAGCACCUUCCCGGCCGGCACGGACCCCGCGGGCCGCGCGGACUUCCUGGCUGCGCUGGCCGCUCAGUGCGCCUCCUUGGAGGAGCUGCGGCUGGCCCUGCGGCCCCGGAUGGACCCCCGGCAGCUCUCCGUGAUGCUGGCGCUGGCCCAGGCAAACCCGCAGCUCCUGGCCCUCCUGGGCAGCCAGGGCGCCCUGGCCCGGGAGCUGGCGCGCGCGGAGCGGCUGGCCCGGCUGGAGCGGCUGGGCCCGGCCGAGCUGCUGAGCAGCAACGCGGCCCAGUGGACUGCCUGGCUCGACGACUACAGGGCCCGGCUGGACAAGGACCGCGAGGGCGCGGGCAGCGAGGAGGCCUGGCGGGCCGAGCGGGUGCGGGUCAUGCGGGCCAGCAGCCCCCGCUACGUCCUGCGGAACCACAUGGCCCAGCGCGCCAUUGAGGCUGCGGAGCGCGACGACUUCUCAGAG